CUGGGAAACGUCAACCUUCAUUUUUCAGAUGUUGAAUUCUUUCCGUUUGACGACCAGCGAUGCAGUCUGACAUUUGGCAGUUGGACGUAUAGUCGUAACGAAGUCCAGUUAGACUUUUUGCAUUCGGAUCGGGUCGACUUCUCUGAAUAUGCAACGUCAUCGAUAUGGGACAUGAUGGAUGCCCCUGCUGUGCUAACCGAGGAUCGGAGUAGAAUCGAGUUCCAAGUCAGGAUCAGAAGGAAAACCUUGUUCUAUACUGUUGUACUGAUUCUACCGACGGUUCUGAUGGCAUUCUUAAAUGUAACUGUCUUCUAUCUUCCUACUGCUUCAGGUGAGAAGAUGGGUCUGACGAUGAACGUGUUGCUGUCAAUCGUUGUGUUCUUGCUGCUGGUCUCAAAGAUUCUUCCACCAACAUCGUUGUCAAUUCCACUCGUUGCCAAGUAUCUGCUGCUCACAUUCGUGCUCAACAUAAUCACUAUUCUUAUCACAGUUAUCAUCUGUAACAUCUACUUUCGAUCUCCAAUCACUCAUCGUUUGCCGCCAUGGGUCCGAAGUGUUUUUCUGGACUGGUUACCGCUGCUAAUGUGCAUGCAGCGACCGAGACGAAAGAACGUUUUGCAUCAGAAGAAGAAGAAAUUGGAGAGCAAAUCCACCCAUGAACUGACCAUGCAAAAUCACCAUCCGCACUGCAGAGCUGCUGACAACGCUCGGUAA